CGGAAGUGCUAGAGUCGGCAGACUCUUUCAGCUGCUGUGUUUCUAUUUGAAUGCGACUCUUUUCUUAAAUGGUACAGUGUGUACACGUUUACGACAUGAUGGCGUACUUACUAUAGUUUAUUGGAUAAACUGCCCGGAGUCGAUUUUAAAUAGAUAUCGUGUAGUAUUGAAGUUAACGGUGGCAGCUAUCGAGCUGGGCUAACAGGUGUCAUCAUGUCGAAGCAGCCCCUGGGGAAGACGUUGUUGAGGAAUGUAAUCCGCCACACAGACGCACACAACAAGAUCCAGGAGGAGAUGGAGAUGUGGAAAAUGCGAGGCUGGGAGAUGCAGACGUCUCACCCCAAACACACUCUGGAUACAGACAGUUUGAGAGGGCACAUGCACUGCGAUCGCGUGUCGGAUCAGUCGAGGGACACGAGUCAAAGCAGAGAGCGCGGCUCGGAGCAUAACGACAAGGAGGCUCGGUACUGGACCCGCAAACUUUAUGAAUUUGAGGCCGGUGAUCCGGACAGAUGGGGACAUAGUGGCUUCAAGGAGCUUUAUCCGGAAGACUUUGAAAGUGGCGGAGAAGAACUUGGGGACCUGACAAAGUCCGGACACCACAAAACGAAGAAGUCCAAGUCCGUCAAAGAACCAAGCCUGUCAAAAAGAUCGAAAAAGUCGUCUCGAAAGAAGAAAAAGAAAAAGAGUAAGAAAUCUGAAAGCAAAAAGUUGAAGAAGGAUGAGUCCUCAAGCAGUGAACUCUGCAGUGAUGACAGUAGCGCUGCCAAAGACAAGCAGAAGAAGAGAAAAAGGACUAAAAGUCGCCAUAAAAACAAGAAGACUUCGAAAACCAGGGAGAGAGAUGAGGACAGCAGCUCAGGAGACGGAAAGGUUGAGGAAAGAAGAGUGAAACGCAAUCACCGCUGUAAAAAGCGAAAGCAGGAUUCGCACACUGACUCAGACUCAGGGGCAUACUCCAGAAAAAAGAGGAAAGACUGGAAGGCAGCAGGCGAGGAGAACUCAGCUGAUACCUCUGCAGACUGAUGCACAGCUAACAACCAGGAAAACAACUGCAGAUCCUUUCAUUCACCUCAGCUGCACAGAGGACUCUUCACGGUGGGGCUGUUCUGUUCUUGUAUUUUGUUCGACAUCAACAUACCUGCGCUGUCGGUGCUCCGCAUGGGUGCUCCGAGGAGCCAGAUCUCAUCAGUUCUGCAGUGCGUUCAGCAUGGAGAGGGGAGGGUGUGGCUCCCACCACCUGCCUCGUCAGGACUCCGCUGAGCUCCAGGCUCCAGGCAACAGCCUCACAUUUCUACCCUCAAACAGUUUUUAUCUUAUUUUGGAGAUAAAACAGUAAAAUUAUGCAACUUGAUGAUGGGAGACUAUGCAUUUUGCUUUUAAUCCUGUUUUUUAGACUUUUACAUUUUAAUAUUUGUAUUUAACAUAUUUCCACAGGGCAAAAAUAAACUGGUUUUGCAG